GUCGUUGCAGAACUUUACGUCAAGGGAGCUUCCAUGUCACUGUCACGCGAAAUCAGCAAAUGCGAGAAUUUCAUUGGAUAAAUAUUUCACUUCCGUUAGUCUACUUUCAUUUUCAUCAUGCCGAUCACUUUCAUAAUGGGUUGAAAUGCAUUUUUUCCUUUUCAAAAAUGAAACGUGUAUAUGAAGAAAGAGAUGACAGCUCUUCAGGAACCAUAAAAAAGAAACUGCUUAGAAGGGAACCGACAACUGCCACUCUACAUACAAGACCCAUUUAUUUGUUCAAAGGAACCGGCAAUUUCCCAAAUUUUAGGCAGCCAUCAGAAAUUGGAUGUUUAUCUCUUGACAUACAGAGAAAUUUCUAUAAUGAUAAAAGUCAACUGAAGCAUUAUGUUCGACCAAGAGACGUUGACAAUGUUCGUUUUGAUCUGACUAAAGGCUAUCAUAACUUUAUACAGAAGGAUGAGAAUGCUGUGGAGUUCAUCAACGACAUUUUGAAAUGGAUCUGUUGUAACAGGGAAAAAUUUCUGUUAGAAAAUGAAAAGAAAAAGUCGAAAGAGGAGAAGGAAAAGAUAAGGAAUCUCCACACUGAUUUUGUUUGCUGGCGCGGACUUCUGACCAAGCUGCUGUGCACGCCGUAUGAAAACAGAGAUGGCUGGUUGAUAGCUGUUAGUCUCUAUCAGGGAACCUACUACAUGUGCGAGUUUGACACCGCGAGUCGAAAGCGCCAGAAGGACGAAAUGUCAGACAGGCAGAAAGAAAUGGCUUACUGGGGCUGGAAGUUUGAGCAGUAUGUUACUGCAGACAAACCAGAUGGAGUACCAAGAACAGAAGACCCAGUGAACAACUGUGAGGCAUACUGUACUGUGGUCAGAUCUAGACUAGAAAAGCACUCUCUGUUGUUCUCUGGAGAAGUUGAUGCUGUUGACCUUCAGGCCAAGGAAUCCUGUAAAUAUGUAGAAUUUAAAACAACUCGGCAACUAGAAAGUUAUAGACAAGAGAGGAAUUUCAUAAAGUUUAAGUUAAUAAAAUGGUGGGCCCAGAGUUUCCUGGUGGGCAUUCCCACAAUUGUUUGUGGUUACCGUGACGACGAUGGAGUGGUGCACAACUUAGAGAAAAUGGAGACUUUAAAAAUUCCUCAUCGAGCCAAGGAUGAGCGUGACGGUUGGGAUCCUGUCAUUUGUUUCAAUUUUCUAGACAAAUUUCUUGCUCAUGUAAAGGAGAUCUGUGUUACAGAUGACCCAAGAUUGUUUAUGGAAUCCAUUUUUAUACACCCGGUCGUGAGACGGGACGUAUUAUAUUUCGGCUUUGUUGGUGUGUCCAACCGUCUGGCUGUCUGAGGUCAUGUUUUUCGGACUUUUUUCCGUAACAGAUGCAUGUAUAGCUUUUAGAUUUGGUCCCAACUUCUCCCUCAAGAAGCAUAAGAAUAAGUUUGUUUUUCAGCUGGAUUGGUGCACCGUGACCUACUUUAUGGCUAAAAGUAGGUCAAACAGUUUUGUGGACUUUUUUCAUUACAGAUAUUGCACUGAAAUUUAGUCACAAGCUUCCUCUUGGAGGAAUACAAGUUCAGUUUGCAUUUCAGCUGGAUUGGUCCAUCCAUUGAUGACCUACUUUAGGGCUAAAAAUAGGUUAAACUGUUUUCUGGACUUUCUUUCAUUACAGAUAUUGCCCUGAAAUAUAGUUACAAGCUUCCUCUUGAAGGAAUACAAGUUCACUUGGUAUUUUAGCUUGCUUGGUUUAUCAUGACCUACUGUAGGACUAAAAGGAGGUCAAACAUAUUUCCAAAAAAUUUUUCGUUAUGUAUACAGGUAUUGUUCUGAAACUUUGUCACAACCUUCCUCUCAUAAAAAUACAUAAUUAGUUUACAUUUCAACUUGAUUGGUGCACCCCAUGACCUAAUUUAGGACUAAAAGUAGGUCAAAAAGUUUCCUGGACUUUUCCUCAUCAUGGAUACUAAUAUUACAAACCCCCUCUCAGAGAAAUACAUAAUCAGUUCACAUGUCAGAUAGAUUGGUGCACCAUGACCUACUUUAAAGCUUUUCUAUUCAGAAUGUGUGCAAUAUCAGUUCAGAGUGCAUGAUGUGCUGACAGGUUGAGUUUCGGUGUUUGACGGGCGUAUGUUGUACCAUUUGCGGUACUCUUGUAAAUUGUUAUCACAUAUCUGUAACCUUUGCAUUAGUUACUGUACCUUUACCUUGUG